UUCACUGGUUCGGCUACUAGUUCCAACCGGUGAACCGAUCGAAAGUUCAGAACGAAUAGAGAGCAGCAGCAACAAGUUUUAGUGGUUUUCCUUUGUGCGUCUCGUUCGUGUUUGCUGCUCUGUGCUCUGCGCGCUUUGCUCCCCCGUUCGGGACCGACUCGAGUUUUAUUUUGUUUUGCCCAUUUUAUCAGAACACAAUCCCGACCGCCUCCAAAAAAAGCGCAAAACAAACUGAGUGGAGGUGAUCCGAUCCCAGUGCAUAGUGCAUGCAAGGCUGCGCUUUCGAAAUUACACAACACACACAUGAGCGCGGAGACGGAGGGCAGCGCCUACAACAAAAGCAGAAGCACCAACACAAGCGGGGCAGCCAAGCAUUUCUGCCCCUGAUGCCCUCGACGACCAUGGCCCCCACAACCAGCCCGCCCGGUCCGGCACCCAAACUAUCAGCCAAGUUCAAGUCCUCCUCGCUGGACCAUGAGAUCUACACCGCGAACCGGCGUGGCACAAUCGCUACGGCUUCCAGCGACUGGAAGGCGCUCCGCGGCGGGGCCACCAACGGCCGCUCCCUUCCCGCCGUUGGCACCGCCAUGGGCUUGUCAGCUAUGACAAGGGCUGCCUCCACAUCAUCCCUCGCCAGCAGUACACGCACCAUGACCAACUACCAGGAGUACAAAAUGGAGAUUAUCAAUCAGGGCAAAUGCCUGUGUGGACAGUACAUCAGAGCCCGCUUGCGGCGGGCUGGAGUCCUUAACCGUAAGGUGACGCAGCGGCUGCGGAACAUCCUGGAUACUGGCUCUUCACACGUGGUAUAUGAGGUCUUCCCUGCCCUGAACAGCAUGGGCGAAGAACUGGAGCGCAUGCAUCCUCGGGUGUACACAAACAUAUCCCGGCAGCUUUCGAGGGCACCGUUCGGCGAGUUGGAGGACAGCGAUAUGGCGCCAAUGCUGCUCAACCUAGUGGCCAAGGACCUAUUCCGCUCGAGCAUCACUUGGGGCAAGAUAAUCUCAAUCUUCGCCGUCUGCGGUGGCUUUGCCAUCGACUGUGUACGCCAGGGCCACUUUGACUACCUACAGUGCCUGAUUAACGGCCUGGCUGAGAUAAUUGAGGACGAUCUUGUAUACUGGCUGAUCGACAACGGCGGUUGGCUGGGGCUAUCGCAGCAUAUCCGGCCUCGGGUGGGCGAGUUCACGUUCCUGGGCUGGCUGACGCUAUUUGUGACCAUUUCGGCGGGCGCCUACAUGGUGUCAAAUGUAUGCAAGCGUAUCGGCUGUCAACUAUAUUCCAUGAUAUUCCGUUAGCCCUGAAGCGCUUCGCAAUUACUGUAUACGUUACGUGUACGAUUUAGUCAGUGAAAACUUCGAAUCAUUCCUGCUUCUGUGGCACCCGAGCCGUAUAAGUAGUUCGUAGUUAAUAUUGUUUUACGCAUAUAAUAUUGUUAUUUGUUUCUUCUUUUUGUACAUACACAUACAAUACCUAAUAUAGUACCAAGCGCAAUAAACUGUGCCUUUUAAAACGUCA